UUUAUGGUUCACUAUGAAUACAGUUACUAGUCUAUCUACCUCCUCCCACUUUUUGACACAAAGGAACUGGACUGAAAGCUGACACCCCUUCAUGCCCUUUAUACUAUAAACAGAUCUCCCUGUCCCCAAUAUAGUUUGCAGAGAGAUGGCUGAGACUCCUGCCAAGAAGCCGUCCAGUGACCCACCCCCUGUCUUCUCAUCCCUCGAUGAAUUAAGCCAGGGCAGUGAGACAAACGCCAAACGAUACCAAAACCUUGUGCAAGCAUUCAAGACCAAGUAUGGAACUGAGCCACAGUUCAUUGCUCGAGCUCCUGGUCGGGUCAACAUCAUUGGAGAGCAUAUUGACUACUCUGGCUAUGCUGUACUACCCAUGGCCAUUGAGCUGGAUAUUGCAAUCGCAUGUCGUACGCGAAACGAAGACGUCAUCAACAUUUCCAACACCAACCCCAAGUAUCUUGACCAUCAGUCGAACAUAAACAGAAAGCUGAAUAUCACCAAAAGAGGAAUGAUGUGGUACGACUACAUUCUGUGUGGUAUUGCAGGUGCCGAAGACUAUUGCAAUAUUGAUAACCUCACUGGAAUGGAUUUGCUAGUCGAUGGAAACAUUCCCCCUGCAUCUGGUUUAUCGAGUUCUUCUGCUCUUGUUUGUUGCUCUGCCCUGGCUACUGCUCAUGCUAACAAAAUAGCUUUACCGUCCAAGGCUUUUUUUGCUGAAAUGUGUGCCAAGUGUGAGCGCUACAUUGGUACCGAAGGAGGUGGAAUGGACCAGGCCAUCAGCUUCCUAGGCGAGCAAGGAAAAGCUAUGAUGAUUGAAUUCGAUCCGAUUCGUACAACUGAAGUGAAGAUCCCAAAAGGCUGUGUAUUUGUGAUAGCCAAUACUCUUGUCCCUGCAGAGAAGGCUACUGCCGCUUCGUGCUUUAAUGUUCGAGUUGCUGAAUGUCGCCUGGCCUCUCUUGUGAUGGCCUACCAGCUUGGAGUGAAGCGUUGGGAAGAAGUGAGGAAGCUCCUAACGCUUGAGUAUGCUUCAGGUCAUGAGCUGAAGGAGAUAAUGACGAAAGUGGUGACAAAGCAUUUGCGUUCCGAUCCCUACACCCAAUCCGAUUUAUGUAGCAUCAUGGACGUGGACAAACAAUAUCUUUGGAAGGAGUUUCUAAACGAGCAAACAAAGUCGAUUGAGGAGUUCCAGCUUUACUACAGAGUCGAGCAUGUCUACAAUGAAGCUAGUCGAGUCUACCAAUUCAAGGACAUUGCUAACGAUCCAAAUGGAGAGAACGUUGCCGUGAAGUUGGGUAAGCUCAUGGAUGAUAGUCAUGCAAGCUGUCGUGAUCUCUAUGAGUGCAGUUGUCCUGAGCUGGAUCAAAUUGUGGCUAUUGCCAAGUCUGCUGGAAGCCUGGGCUCGCGAUUGACUGGUGCUGGCUGGGGUGGGUGUACAGUGUCGCUGGUGAGAGAGGAUAAGUGCAAAGAGCUGAUGGAGACACUUCAAGAGGAGUACUAUAAGGGUCAUUCCAACGGAAUGGAGAACUUGGACGCUAGUUUGUUUGUUACAAAGCCUGGGCCUGGUGCUGCCCUUUGUGUUUUUUGAAAUUAAUUUUUGUGUUUGCAUACUGUACUAGAUAAUUUAUGUCAAUGUCAUGUUUCAACCGCGGC